AUUACUACAUUCUUGAGAACAACUCUUUGCUGAAGGCAGCCUUGAAGUACAAAAGGAUCCAACUGACUGACUUCAGAACUGUUCCGAUGGAACAUUUUGAUUUACCUUUGAAGAUCUCUUACCCACCAGACUUUUCUGAUUCCCGUCACUAUGGACUACUGUUGCUGGUUGACAGCGCCCCUGGGGGUCAGGCUGUUAGUGACUACUUCUCUCUCAGCUGGGACUCUGUUCUGGUCAGCUCAGACAACAUCAUCGUUGCUCGUCUGGACGGCCGGGGCAGCGGCUUCCAGGGGCAGAGGAUCCUGCACGAGGUCCACCAGAGACUGGGGACUGUUGAUGUCCAAGAUCAGAUUGCAGCCAUAGAAUACAUGAUGAAAUUUCCAUAUAUUGAUCGGACACGGAUAGCAGUGUUUGGAAAGGGUUAUGGAGCCUACAUGACUUUAAUGAUGCUCAAGUCUACUGACAGCCUCUUCAAAUGUGCAUGUGCAAUGUCACCGGUGACGGACUGGAAACUCUAUGCAUCCGCGUUCUCUGAGAGAUACCUUGGCAUGCCAUUACGGGAUGACAGCAGAUAUCAGUUUUCCAGUGUGCUGCAGAACGUUCAAGCACUUAGGGAACAGACACUGAUGCUGGUGCACGGCACAGCAGAUGCCAACAUCCACUUUCAGCAUACUGCUGAGCUCGUCAAGAACCUUGUGAAAGUUGGAGCAAACUACUCAAUGCAGAUCUACCCAGAUGAGGGUCAUUUCCUGUCUCAGCAGAGUCGCCAGCACCUCUAUGCCACACUGACCAGCUUCUACAGGGAGUGUCUGAAGGAGGAGUUACUACCGCUGCCCGAUGAGGAGGAGGAGGAGGAGGAGUAGGCGGCAGUCUUUGAGGGUCAGACCUUUGGCAGAGCUUGAGAGAAUUUUGCUAAAAUCCGUCAAGGCCUUUCGCAUUUGGACCAAGUGUUUAGCCAGACAUGGACACUGGGUUAGAGCUUCUGAUGCUCUCAAGUAAUGUGUGUGGUUGUGUGCGUGCGUGCGUGCGUGUGUGUGUGUGAGUGAGUGAGAGCACUCUGGUGUGUGACUGUGUAUAAAUGUGUUGAAAAGAUAACUGAAGGACACGACAGUGACACUUGCAUUGCCGGGACUUGAGGCAGGAACAGCCCUCUAGCAUAAAGUCAUUUCAGUUUUGGGGCGCUCCGUUUCUCGGCAAAGCACACGGAAGACUGCCUCCAUCUUGUGCAGGCUCUCUGGGCUGUUGUCAUCCACACUUAACCAAGUGCAUGGUUCUUUUUUCCCCCCUUUCUCGGCUUCACUCAUUUUGCCAUGUUAGUCUACUUUGUGGUAACACUUGGGAAGAAAAGAACUCAGAUGGGCACUUUUGAUCUCACCUCCCCUUUGAUUGUUGUAUUGUUGCACAAGGAAAUGCUCCAGUCAUUUACAAAAAAUGUUUAGUCACGCAAGUUCACCACAACCAAGCCGAUCCUGAAUAAGUGCAAUUUCCUGCUGAAACCCUCUGCCAUCGCCCACCCUAAAUGGAAACCGUCUUUAUAGGUCACACUUUAUUGUACAGGGGUCUUGUGUAGACAUGUACAAUGCCUUAUGAGGUUCAACAUACUGUAAUAUUACUUGCUGGCAUUGGUAGUCAUCCAUUAGCAGUGUCAUGUUAACCUAUGUCAACUCAGGUCCUCGAGACACAGCAUUGCAGUCAGUUUAGUAUCUGAAACAGUUACAACACUAUGUCAGCUGUAUGGUCACAAAUAAGUUUUAAGUCUACAUGAAGAUAAUGGAUGUUGACCAUACAGUUAUUUCAGUUUCAGGCCACACUGCAAAAGUUCUCCAUCUUAAUAAGCCAUUAACCUAAUUUUCUUAAAUCAAGUGAUGAUAUCUCUUUGAAGUUGUGAGACCGUUUUUCAGUGCAUCUCCACCAGAUUUAAGAGCUUUCUUGAAGUCAAGAGACGUUUUCCCUAUUUUGGACACUUAUUUCAAGCGGGGGGGAAUAAAGGUGGAAAGAAAUAAAAAUGGCUGUACUAA